ACAAAAGCCAAAUGGGUAAAUGUGGCGGGACUUGCCAUUGACCAAAACAAAAGCCGAUAAUAAAGCAAAGAAGAAGAAGAAGGGACCGGCCUUCGAGGCAAUUGUAGAGUCGACAUGACAAAACUGAAUGAAGAAAGCAGUCAAUAGUUAGAGAAAGAUCAAACCCAACAGAUAGAGAGACCUGCAAUAGGGUUUUGACUGCAACUUUAUAGUAUAGAAAUGGAGGAGGAUGGUCAUGGAAAGAGAGUCUCAUCUUCUGCAGUGUCCUCUCGUUUGUCAGCUAAAGCUCAGCCCUUUAGAUUGAACCGCUUUACUGCCCAACCCACUUGGACCUCUUCAUUGACUUCAGUAGACCCUUGUGAUUCCUUGAUCAAAUCCUUGUCUAAUGUCAACUUGGAAGAAGAUCCAUUACCAUCUGCAUUGAAUUUCGGGUUGGAUUCAUUACAGGGUUCAUGGUUUGGCCAGCACAGUGACAGUUUGGCCUGCACCAAUUAUGCUUAUGAGACCUUGCUUGAACAAGGAAAGCCUGUAAAAAAAUCGAAACUCUAUGAUGAAAACUCUGAAAGUGUUCAUGAGAAAUGCAGUUAUUUAACCAUGGGAAGAGAAACGCCAUUCACUUCAAGUUCCACAGACCCAGUAGAUGCUGGAAUUUUCUCUUCUUCAGCAGUAAAUUCUGUGGCGACUUCAUAUGAGUUUCCGAUGUCAGUUAUGUACUCUGCAUCCAUGCUUCAGAGUUAUUCUCAACCUGAGCUAACGUAUACCACACCAGCUGCAAGUUGGAACCGUAGUAAUUUGACAAUGACUUUUGGUGAGGUUGGUUUGACAAAAUAUGAUCCUUGUGCGGCUAAUUCUACAGCUUCCCAGUCACCAAGGUACGAUGCUUUUCUGGAUCUGGGGCUUGGUUCAUCAGAUACCAGAAUAACUUUUUCUCCCUUGAAUCCCAUUUUGUCAAAAAAUGCUGAGGUUACAGGCAGCUUUGCAGUGAAAUGCAAUGAUAAUUCUUCUAAAUACAGUCCUCCUGACAUAAUGGAUCUUCAUCAGCUGCUGUAUGGUGAAGGCAAAAAGACUGACCAUGAUAAAAGUCCGAGUGAUAAAGGAAACGAACGGAAAUGUGGAAAAACUGUAUCUAGUGAGGGUUCAGACCCGUUACUAACAGAUAAGUCUGAUCCACAAAUCACUUUAGAGAAGCUUUAUGAUAAAUCUAGUUCGGAACAUCAGGAUGCUGAGGCAGCUGUUUCUCUUUCAACAAAGUUAGAUGGGAACGACUCUGAUGUGGACUCACCUUGUUGGAGAGGAAGCCUGGCUUCUAGACAAACUCCACUUGGAGUUUCAAGGUCUUUGAGUUCACACUCUAUUGAAAAUGUACAAGAAGCAAGUUAUAGUCUGAAUCCGCUGGCGCCUCAUUUUUUUCCUCGGCCUUCUAAAGCAAUUGUUAAUUGCUAUGCAAAUGAAUGUGAUGCGGAUGAUUUCUCAUCUUUCAAAAACAGUGAAUCUGGAGCUGUAGGGGCUGUUAGUUCAUUCUCCAAGGAGAAUACAUCAGUUGAUAAAGCAGGAUCAAAGUCGUCAUUAUCGCUUAAUGGAAUGGGAACUCAAACUUCUAAUGACAUCCAUGAACCAAAAAGAGAAUAUGCCCUGCUUGAUAAAUCAGGAAGUUACUCUGCGCUCAGCGAGGGUAUAUCCAAGUUAUUGUCUACAGAUUCAAAAACAGAUGUUUCAACAGUGCUAAAUAUGAUGCAUGAUCUGUCAAGUUUUCUUGUACAAAAUUGUUCAAAUGACGUUUUAUUGAAUGAUCAUGACUUGAUCCAGCAUAUAAUCAAUAACCUAUGUAUGUGCUUCCAACAUAGGGCUGGAGGAAAGACUCCAAUGCCUGAUUUUACUGUUUCAGGCACUCCAUACUUUCCUAAUAAGUCAACGGAGAUCAUCGAGGCGGGGUGCUCGAAGAUGGGGUUUCAAGUAACAAAGACAGGGGCUCUUGCUGUUCCACAUGAACUUGAUCAUCAGAAUGUGGUUGGUUGUCUUGAUAUUACUGAGAGAAUGUUGAAUUCCUUUCCUUCAUAUAGCAACGUUACUGGGAAGAGCAAAGACAUUAUUCAGAUGCAGGUCAUGGGAAAUGCUGUGAGAGACAGUUAUUCAACCAAGGACGAGAUAGACCCACAAGCUUUAGUAUACAAAAAACUGUGGCUCGAGGCUGAAGCAACAUUGCGUGCCAUGAAGUAUGAAAGAUGUGUGAUGCAUGAAAUUGGAAAUGGGAUGGCGCAAUCUAAACAAAAAUAAGGUGCCAGACAACUAGGGAAGAGUUUGAGCUUACAUUUUGAGGCAAAAAGAAAGCUAUUAACAUAGACACCGGCCAUACAUGUUUGUGCUGGUACUGCCUAGAAGUAACUGUUCGAGUUUAAAGCUCUCUUGACCUGUAUGUAUGUACAAUUGAUAGUCAAUAGCAGUAUAUAUAAUGCAUUACAUCUUAUUUAGCUUAGAGUCUGUGAAAUGUAAAUUUGAUGAUUCCAAGUGUUUGAAUUACUUUUGGUGACAACAACCUUCCUCUAUUAAUAUUGAAACUUAUACAUUUUGAUUG